AGGGUCGCAUUACGUGUACGACCAUUAACACAGAAAGAACGACUGAGUAACUGCAGCGAAUGUCUAGCAUUCAUACCGGAUGAACCGCAGAUUCUUAUCGGCACUGACAAGUCAUUCACAUACGACUAUGUCUUUGAUUCAAACAUAAAUCAAACUCAGGUCUAUUCAAAAGCUGCUGCUCCUUUAUUGCAUAAAUUUGUUGAUGGAUUCAAUGCUACAAUAUUAGCCUAUGGUCAAACUGGUUCAGGGAAAACCUACAGUAUGGGAACUGGCUUAGAAAACGGCGCUGAUCCUGAGAACGAAGGAAUCGUACCACGCUGUAUAAUCGAUCUUUUCCAGUCUCUGCAGGACCGUGCAGAAAAAGAACCAGACUUCACAUACGAGGUCUUUGUCUCCUUUUUAGAACUCUACAACGAAGAACUCAUCGAUCUCCUCAACCCACACUCCUCACAAAAAAGAAAAUCCGGCCAACCAGCCCCACCAAACACAGAAGUCCUCAUCCGAGAAGAUCCCUCAGGCCACAUCUAUUGCAGCGGUGUACGGGAAGAAAGAUGCGAAAGUCCAGAUGAAUUAUUAAGUUUCCUGGCAAAAGGUUCUCUAUGCAGAACAACCGGAUCAACAGAAAUGAACACAGUCUCCUCUCGCUCUCACGCAAUAUUUUCGGUCAUCCUCAAACAACAACGACCAGAAACAGAGGGAGAUACCAAAAGAAUGAAAAGUAUAACCAGCAAAUUCCACUUUGUCGAUCUUGCAGGUUCUGAAAGAGUAAGUUCCCAAUAUAUAUAUUUAUAUACUAUAUAUCUAAGAAUUUACUAA